ACCCCCCAGUGGGGCCAGAGGACGGCGGCCACUUUGGAAGUUUGGAUGCAUAUGAUCACAACCACCAUGAUUUUUAUGAUUCUUGGUGCUUCAGUUGUAAUGGCGAUCGCCUGUUUAAUGGACAUGAACGCACUACUGGACCGAUUCCACAACUACAUCCUACCGCAUCUGCGAGGGGAGGACCGAGUGUGUCACUGCAACUGUGGAAGGCAUCACGUCCACUACGUCAUUCCGUACGAUGGGGAUCAUUCGUUGGUGGACUCAUCAGAAAACUACUUUGUGAGUGACAGCGUUACCAAGCAGGAGAUGGACCUGAUGCUGGGGCUGCUGCUGGGCUUCUGCAUCAGCUGGCUGCUGCUGUGGCUGGAUGGAGUCCUGCACUGCGCCGUCAGGGCCUGGAGGGCCAGCCGAUACUACGACACUCCGUCCUGGUCGUGGCUGCCCCAGUUCUGUAACCUCCGAGACCUGCGCCGCCGAGCCCAGCUCCGACAGCUGGAGGACUCCAGCGGAAACAUGGUCCACAUCAAGCAGAAGCUGUACCACAACGGGCACCCCAGCCCCCGACACCUCUGACUCUGAGACCCCCACCACAGCAGACCCCCCCCCCACCACCACC